GAAAAGCCAGACUUCCCUGAAAAUGGCAGCAGAGACAUCCACAGAAGUUCAAAAAACUGCUAGACAGUCCGUGGUUAAAGAAGAGGUAAUUGUAGAAAGAAAAUGGUUGAAGCUUGAAGAAACAACAUACACUGAUCCCUUUGGUAAAACCAGGACUUGGGAAACUGUAAAGCGUACUGGCAACAAAAAGGGUGUUUCAGCUGAUGGUGUGGCUGUGAUCGCAGUGCUGCAGAGAACUCUCCACUAUGACUGUGUUGUCCUCGUGAAACAGUUCAGGCCCCCAAUUAACGGUUAUUGUUUGGAAUUUCCUGCAGGCCUCAUUGAGGAAAAUGAGACUGCAGAAAGCGCCGCGUUGCGAGAGCUGGAGGAAGAAACCGGGUACAAGGGGGAAGUUAUCGAAUGUACUCCAGCUCUCUGCUUGGACCCAGGGAUGUCAAACAGCACAACACACAUUGUGAGUGUCAUCAUUAAUGGGGAUGAGGCUGAAAACACAAGACCUAAGCAAAAACUUGAUGAUGGAGAAUUUGUGGAAGUUAUUUCACUUCCAAAGAAUGACCUGCUGCAAAGAAUUGAUGAACUUGUAUCAGAGGAACACCUUGCAGUGGAUGCCAGGGUUUAUACUUAUGCAUUGGCCCUGAAGCGUGCAGCAGAAAAACCACUCCAAGUUCCUUUUAUGAAGUUCUAAAACAGGAUGAUAAGAAAUUUGGAUGAAAACUGCCCCAUUCAGAUGACUAAAAAGUGUAGCUCUCCUUGUACUAAAGGUCCUUUUCAUUACUUCUACAAGCAAACAGAAGUAGGUGUAGGAAUGAGUCUGAUAUUUUCAUCUGGAAUGAUGUAACUGACAAAAAUAAUUUCUUCUAACUGCUCAGUCAGUUAUGCCUUGACAAAAUAAUCCAAUAAAG